UUCUUGCAAAUAAUGUGGUUUCGGGCAAAGACGCAGCAUCUUGGCUGUCUGCUAAAAAAAAAAAAUGCCUAGACUCUUGGUGGAAAUUGAGUGUCAAGCUGCAAAAUCUCAAAUGGCAGAUUGUCAUCAUUUAAGAGCGUCUGGACACCAGAAAAGGCGAUUCCCUGAGCGCCUGGAGUUGGAGACAAUUCCUGGUUCAGAUUUAAACAUCUUUGGAGGUCUGCGCUGGGCGGCCAUUGGCGGCGGAGCGUCACGUGACCGCGGGGGCGUGCCAAUGUGCGCCCUCACGGGUGUCAAGCCCCCGUCAGAGUGUGCGAUCAAGAUCGUGAAACAACGCGAUGCAAAAAGCGACCUACUACGACAGCUCGGCGAUCUACGGUGGCUACCCCUACCAAGCAGCCAACGGGUUCCCUUAUAAUGCCAGUCAGCAGCCGUACCCGGCGUCCGCAGCUCUCGGCGCCGACGGCGAGUACCACCGACCCGCCUGUUCACUCCAGUCUCCCGUCAGCGCUGGGGGCCACCCUAAGGCGCACGAGCUGAGUGAAGCGUGCCUGCGCACCCUCAGCGGCCCGCCCAGCCAGCCCCCAGGCCUGGGCGAGACGCCCCUGCCCCCGCCGCCGCCCCAGGCCGCGCCCCCUGCACCACAGCCGCCGCAGCCCCCACCGCAGCCCCCAGCACCCACCCCUGCCGCGCCCCCGCCCCCCUCUUCUGUCUCCCCACCUCAGAAUGCCAGCAGCAACCCCGCCCCCGCCAGCGCGGCCAAGAGCCCCCUGCUCAACUCGCCCACCGUGGCCAAACAAAUCUUCCCCUGGAUGAAAGAGUCUCGGCAAAAUACAAAGCAGAAAACCAGCAGCUCCAGCUCAGGCGAGAGCUGCGCUGGCGACAAGAGCCCGCCUGGGCAGGCUUCAUCCAAGCGCGCGCGCACGGCCUACACGAGCGCGCAGCUGGUGGAGCUGGAGAAGGAGUUCCACUUCAACCGCUAUCUGUGCCGGCCGCGCCGGGUGGAGAUGGCCAACCUGCUGAACCUCACCGAGCGCCAGAUCAAGAUCUGGUUCCAGAAUCGCCGCAUGAAGUACAAAAAGGAUCAGAAGGGCAAGGGCAUGCUAACGUCGUCAGGGGGCCAGUCCCCAAGUCGCAGUCCUGUGCCCCCUGGCGCAGGAGGCUAUCUGAACUCUAUGCAUUCGCUGGUCAACAGCGUCCCAUAUGAGCCCCAGUCGCCCCCGCCCUUCUCCAAGCCCCCCCAGGGCGCCUACGGGCUGCCCCCUGCCUCCUACCCGGCGCCUCUGCCCAGCUGCGCGCCCCCGCCACCUCCACAGAAGCGCUACAACACAGCGGCGGGGGCCGGUGCAGGGGGCACCCCUGACUAUGACCCACACGCUCAUGGCCUGCAGGGCAACAGCAGCUAUGGGACCCCACACUUACAGGGAAGCCCCGUCUUCGUGGGGGGCAGCUAUGUGGAACCCAUGAGCAACUCUGGGCCUGCCCUCUUUGGCCUAACUCACCUCCCCCACGCUGCCUCCGGCGCCAUGGACUACGCGAGCGGUGGGCCGCUGGGAAGCGGCCACCACCAUGGGCCAGGGCCGGGGGAGCCGCACCCCACCUACACGGACCUUACCGCCCACCAUCCUUCUCAGGGAAGAAUUCAGGAAGCGCCCAAGCUCACCCACCUGUGAUGGUGGGCUCGGGGCUACGCGCCAGGAGAGUCUCCCCCUACCCCUCCACCUUUCUUCUUUGGUUGCUUUUUUUUAAGGUUCUUCCUGCCCUUCCGUUUUCUCUCUCCUCUCUCUGCUCCCCCCACUCCCUUCCCCGUCCACCCCCCAACCUUGGUAACGCGUUUUUAUAGUUUAUGUGACGUAGCAAUCUUGGUUGCUGGAAUGGCUGUCAGUAUCAGUAGCGAUAUUUAUCUCUUCCCGCCCCUAGCUUGGCCGCUGGCCCUGCACCCUUUACCUUCUCCACUCUUUGAUCAGAAACAGGGUAUAUGAACAAAUUUUCUAGUCGAGUUUUCAAUGUGAAUUUGUUCGUACAUUAUGGCUCCCGAGGGGAAGCGAUUACUUUUUUUUUAAUUUUUCGUUUUUUAAAAUUGCACUUCUUGUAAAGAGCGAGAAAAAAAAUCAAAGGCGCUUUGAAACAGGGGCUCCCUGUGCAAGGAUGAUUAAGUGUACGUCUUUCCGUGUGUGUAUGCUGGUGAACAGUCAGAUUUAUUUAUAUUUUUUUGCAAGCAUUGAAUAAUCUAAGUUUUAAAUAUUAUUUAUCCCCAUCCGUUUGUAUUUAUAUUAAAGAAAUUCUGUACCCUGAUUGUUCAGAAGGGUUCUUGGGCCUUUUGUUCAAUGGUGUGUUGGCGUACAUAGAAAUUUUUUUAUUUGAAAGGGAAAUAUAAUUCCUUUAUAAAAACGGUAAUGAUGCAAUAAAACCAGAGAGGAUUCAGCUUUUGAAAACAGUGGUUUAGGUUUGUAACAUCCGGCAAAAAUGAAAAAACGGUCUGUAAACGCGAAAACUGCUAGAUUUGUUUUGAGAGUUCUACAAUCCUUGCUGCUCACAUUCUGAGAAACAAAACAAAAAAUAAAGUUUUUAUUCUGAAUAAUAUCCGUGUUUAGAUGGGGUUCUUUGGCCCAAGACCGAGGGUCUGCGUGGAAUUUAGGCGGAGGCGAGCUGGCGGAGCAGGCUGUGCGCGGCAGCCCACCAGCUCCGGCUCCGGCUCCGGCGUUGGGGCCUGGCAAGGCAGCUCGCCUGGAAGCUCGAAUUCUCCGGACGGCGGCUGGGGUCCUGUUGGCGGCAGCUCCGGCAAUGUCUUGCAGCGGGCCCGCUGGGCUGCCUGGUUCCCAGCUGCUGCGGGGGCAGGCGGAGGACUCAGGGGCUGCCCAAGCUGUAGACCGAAGAAACAAAGGCAGCCAGGCCCGAGCGGCAGCGGGGAGCUCACAGGUGCUGGGCAGCCCCGCCGGCAAAUAACGCAGGACGGUCUUCUCUUCCACGCUCUUCCUCGGGUCGAAGUGGACCAGCCUACGCCUUAACCCGGGAAGUAGCCAUCCGCGCAGAGGAUGCCGAGCACUUUCCAGGAGCAAUCGGACUUUUGGUCUCCUCAGGGGAUGCUUCGCGGUCCAGUAUUGCGCCAGGAGGAAAGAAUGGCUCCUAAGGUCCCUACGCGGAGAGAAGCAGUUUGAACCGGACUGAGGCUCACUCAGGUCUCCAGCAAAAGGAGGGCCGUGGAGCCCUUCCCUGUGCUGCCUGAAUCCCAGCAUCAGCUUCCUCCUGAAUUUAGUAUUUGGCAUUCUCUGGAUUUAUUUCCUCUCCUUCUUCCCUCCCUGCUUUCUUUUUAUGACCCCAGGGGGAGGGGGAGAGAGUAAGGAGAUUGGUAUCUUUCUAAUAAAAAUACAGUUAUAUAAGUACUUC